AUGUUAUAAUCAUUUUUGCUUAGUUUAGCUUCUGGAAUUGUCUUAUUCAUUGUUUAUAUGUAUCACAGGGCAAACUUAUCAGAAGGAUCAGCUAAUUAUAGAUAUUAUAAUGAAGCAGUCAAAGGAAUGUCAAGAUGGCUGGAAUAGACAGUUGAUUUAACCUAAUCUCAUUUUUAGCCAUGCAAGUAUUUGAUUAUAAUAUACAUAGAAAUUGUGGAUAUGAAAUAGCCUUAGUGCAUGAUAAUUCUUAUUGUCUUAGAAGUGAUCUAUUUAAGUUGUUACAUCCAGAAAUAAUAAUAUAGGAUUAAAUGGUAUUAAGAGAUUAUGGUGGUUAAGAUUUGGCAAGAAAAAUCAUCUAACAAAAUAUGUAUGAUGCUUUACCCAGCUUUGUAUAGACAAGAUAAAUUGAAAUUGGAUAUCAUUAAACUCCUUUAGAAACAGCAGUAGUAUAUCCAUAUGCUAAAAAUUAUUUUCGAACCCAUACAUUUGGAAAAUAGGCUGGUUGUAUUUUUUAGAAAUAUUUUCAUGUUCCAGGUCAAGAAGAAAUUGCAUUAAAAUCAAAUCAAUCAACACACUUUCAUAAUUAUAUUGAUAAUUUGAAAUUAGAAAAUAAAAGUGCUUAGUGUAUUAAAGAUGCUAGUUAUGAAAAACCUACAUUUAGAAUGUGGUUAAAAGAAGAAUGUGAGAAUUUCUUUGAUAUUAUUAAUACAUAAUAAUACAAAGAUAAAUUAGAAAAUGAGGGAAUCUAAUAUAUUUAUAAAACAAAUAGACAUUUAGGCAAUGGAAUAUUACUUUUAGAUUAUUAAAAUGAAAAGAUAAUUAGAUCAUGGUAUAAAGAUAGUUAAGGUUGUGGACGAAAUCUUACUUAAGUUAUAAUUUAAGAAUACCUUAAAAAUCCUUAUUUAUAUAAAGGACAUAAAAUGGAAUUUAGAUCAUAUUUUUAGAUUGCAUCUACAAAUCCACCAAUUUUAUAUGGAUAUAAGAAAGCAUUAAUUAAAUAAUGUGCUUUAAAGUUUGAUUUAUUAGAUUUUACUAAAGAAGCACAUGUAUGUAAUACAGCUGUAACAAAAACCCAUAAACAAACAACUGGUUAAGAAUAGGAUGACGAUCUCUAUAUAGAUUGGAAUUUAGAAGAAUUACAAGAUAUAUUAUUAGAAUAAGGAAAAAUAAAAUCACGUAAUUGGUUGAAUGAAGAACUUUAUCCUUAAAUUAUGAGAAAGAUAACCCAUCUAUUUUUUUCAGUAGAAAAAUACCUUUUGAAAGAUAGUAGAGUAGGUGAAUUUUUUGGAGUUGAUUUCAUACUUGAUGAUGAUUUGAAUCUUUGGAUUUUUGAAUGCAACAGAAAUCCCAAUUUCUUAGCUGUAACAGAAGGAAGAAAAGAGAAAUUUGGAAAAUUAAUACCUGAUAUGUUGGAAAUAUAAAUGUAAUUAGUUAGAAGUAGAUUUAAAAGAGUAAGGGAUUUCAUGAACAAUAAAUUAUUACCAGCCAUCAAAUCUAGAUAAUUUUAAUAAUAAUAGGAUAAAUUCAAAGAAGAAUUUUUAUAAUUAAUGAAAGAUAGAUUUGAACCUGAAUAUUAAUUAUCAAAAAGUAAUUUAGCUGAGUUAGCAUAUAUUGGUGAAGGAUAAUUUAAUGGAUACAUUAAAAAAGAAUGUUUAGAAUCAAGUAGAGUAUUAAAAAAGUGA